GUAUAAACAGUUAAUUCGCUAUGGAGACUGGAGAAGAGAAUAAUGGAAUCGAAAGCAAACUAAAGUAGCCUAUAGUUUAUACUCUUCUGCCUAAUCCUUCCGUUUCAAUUCAAGCAAUCCUAUGUCUGCAAUCCAAAGCAAGUUCAAUUGCUACUCCGAAGUGACGAUCGAUUAGCCUUCCGGAGGCAGAGGAUGAUCAGAUCAAUGGCUAGCAAUUUGAUUGGUUGGUCGAAUGAAGGGUCCCGCGCUUUUCCUUAGACUUCACUCGCAGUACUCUUCGAGGCGCUGGGGUUGUAUAUAAUGAGGCAUUUCCUCAAUUGCUGCUUCGUCAGUCGACCACUAGUCAAGCCUCACUCCAAUUUCAAUUUCAACUCAAUUCCAGAUUCUCAGGAAUCGAGUGACGUUAUGGAGAGUCCAUCGGCAAGCAAUGCCAACAGCAACUUUAUAUCUGAGAAGCCUGAAAAGGAGUUAAAGGAUUCGGCUACAUAUGCAACUAACAUCAUCCUUAACCAUGAUUUUUCUGAGGGACUUCAUAUGUGGCAUCCUAAUGGUUGUGAUGCUUCGGUGGCUUCCUCUGUGUCGGGCUAUCCUCAGGGGAUGUCACCUAACUUAAGCGGUCGUUUUGCUUUUGUGACAAACCGGAAAGAAUGUUGGCAAGGACUUGAGCAAGACAUUACCAGCAGAGUUUCUGCAGGUCCUACUUAUAGCGUCUGUGCUUGGAUUGCAGUCUCAAGGGCUGGUCGAGGUGUUUCUGAUGUGCUCGCCACUCUGAAACUUGAAUACCAAGAUUUAUCAGUUAGCUAUAUGCCUGUCGGAAGAAUUUCUGCUUCAACUGAGAAUUGGGACAAGGUUGAGGGUACAUUUUCGCUAUCAUCAAUGCCUCACCGUGUUGUAUUUUACCUAGAAGGACCUUCGUCUGGCAUUGACAUAUUCAUUAAAUCAGUAGUAAUUUCCUGCCCACAUCCAAGUCCCAGUCCCAAUCCCAGUCGACAGGAUAAGUUAAACGUGAAUUCCAAGGAUUCUAAGGCCCAGUAUACAAAUAUUAUUCUCAAUCAUGAUUUUUCUGGAGGACUUCAAAUGUGGAAUCCUAAUUGUUGUGAUGCUUCUGUGGUUUCCUCCGAGUCUGAUUUUCCUCAAGAUCCAUCUGCAACAGCUUGCUAUGCUGCUGUCACAAAUCGGAAAGAAAAUUGGCAAGGUCUUGAACAAGACAUCACCGACAGAGUUUCUGCAGGCUCUACUUACGGAGUUUGUUCUUGGGUUUCUACGUCAGGAUUUCAUGGUGUUUCUUCUGUGCUGGCUACUCUUAGGCUUGAAUUUAAAGAUUCACCUGUCUGCUAUUUAUUCAUUGGAAGGACUUCUACUUCAAAUAAACAAUGGGCAAAGAUCGAGGGUUCAUUUUCUCUAUCAACAAUGCCGCAGCGAGUUAUAUUUUAUUUGGAAGGGCCUCCAUCUGGGAUUGAUCUACUGAUAAGAUCAGUAGUAAUAUCCUGCACCAGUUCCAAUGAAUCUGAUAGUCAAGAUGCGCCAUCUGUUUGUGAUACCAACGAGAAUGUAAUACAGAACCCUGGAUUUGAUGAUGGCCUUAACAAUUGGUCUGCGAGAGGUUGCAAGAUUGCAUUGCAUGAUUCUAUGGCUGAUGGAAAAGUUCGUCCAAUGUCUGGAAAGUUUUUUGCUUCAACAGAUGGUCGAACACAGAACUGGAAUGGGAUUCAGCAGGAGAUAACAGGGAGAGUUCAGAGGAAGCUUGCCUAUGAGGUUGUUGCAACCAUACGAAUACUGGGAGAUAAAGUCAGUAGUGCGGAUGUUAGGGCUACACUGUGGGUUCAGGCAGCUGAUCUUCGAGAACAAUACAUAGGGAUUGGCAGCUUGAAGGCAACUGAUAAAGAUUGGUCACAAUUGCAAGGAAAAUUUCUUUUAAAUGGCACCCCAUCAAGGGUGGUUAUAUUUUUAGAAGGUCCACCUCCAGGUACUGAUAUACUUCUAGAUAAUCUUGUUGUAAAGCAUGCCGGAAAAGCACCCCCCGCAUCUCCGCCAUUGAUUGAGGAUGCUGCUUAUGGAGUUAAUAUUAUUGCUAAUAGCAACCUCAGCGACAGCACCAAUGGUUGGUUCCCUCUAGGGAAUUGCAAUCUGACUGUUAAAAGCGGAUCUCCACGGAUCCUUCCCCCCAUGGCUGCAGACUCCCUUGGAGCUCAUGAGCCUUUGAGUGGCCAAUACAUUCUUGUGACUAAUCGGACUCAGACGUGGAUGGGUCCAGCUCAGAUGAUCACAGAUAAGGUGAAACUUUAUCUGACAUAUCAAGUAUCAGCAUGGGUUCGGAUUGGGAAAGGGGCAACAAGGCCACAGGGCCUUAAUGUUGCUCUUGGUGUGGACAGUCAAUGGGUGAAUGGUGGGCAGGUUGAGAUUGAUGACGGCAAAUGGCAUGAGAUUGGAGGGUCUUUCAGAAUAGAGAAGCAGCCGGAAAAGAUAAUGGUUUACCUGCAGGGUCCGGAUGCUGGGGUGGAUGUGAUGGUCGCCGGGCUUCAAAUCUUUGCAGUCGACAGACAUGCAAGGUUUAGACACUUGAAAAAACAAACUGAGAAGAUACGUAAACGAGAUGUUACCUUAAAGUUCUCCUCAUCCGGAUCAGAUGCACCGGUUGGCACCUUUGUGAAAAUUCGACAAACACAGAACAGCUUCCCCUUUGGAACCUGCAUUAGUAGAUCUGUCCUGGACAAUGAGGACUUCGUCGAUUUCUUUUCCAAACACUUCAACUGGGCUGUUUUCGAAAACGAGUUGAAGUGGUAUUGGACAGAGGCACAACAGGGGAACCUAAAUUACAAAGAUGCUGACGAGAUGCUGAACUUGUGUACAACCCACAACAUUCAGCUUCGCGGCCACUGCAUCUUCUGGGAGGUGGAGGGAGCUAUUCAGUCCUGGAUCCGCGACUUAAGCAAAAACGAUCUGAUGACAGCAGUUCAGAAUCGUCUAACCAGUCUUUUGACUCGUUACAAGGGGAAGUUCAAGCAGUAUGACGUGAACAACGAAAUGCUACACGGAUCGUUCUUCCAAGAUCGUCUGGGAAAAGAUAUCAGGGCAAAUAUGUUCAAGACUGCCAAUCAACUCGACCCUUCUGCAACCCUGUUCGUCAACGACUACCAUAUCGAAGACGGCUGCGAUACACGGUCAUCUCCCGAGAAGUACAUUCAGCACAUUCUUGAUCUACAAGAGCAGGGCGCGCCUGUCGGAGGAAUAGGCAUACAGGGACAUACGGAUAGUCCAGUCGGGCCUAUUGUUUCCUCUGCUCUCGAUAAGUUGGGAAUUCUUGGCCUACCUGUAUGGUUCACUGAAGUCGAUGUCUCUUCAAAUAACGAGUUUGUAAGAGCUGAUGAUUUGGAAGUCAUGCUCCGGGAAGCAUUUGCGCACCCUGCUGUCGAGGGCAUGGUUUUCUGGGGAUUUUGGGAGCUCUUCAUGAGCCGAACCGAUGCACACUUGGUGAAUGCUGAAGGGGAUGUUAACGAAGCCGGGAAGAGAUACCUUGACCUGAAGCAAGAAUGGCUGUCUAAAGCUCACGGCCAUGUCAACGGAAAAGGCGAAUUCGGGUUCCGAGGUUUCCAUGGAUCAUACGAAGUUGAAGUUGUUGAUCACUCCAAGAAGAAAGUUGUGAAAACGUUCGAGGUAAAUCCAGGUGAGGAUCCUCUUGUAAUAUCAAUAGCUCUUUAGCAUUACAUAAUCUGCUUGUAUAUGUCAACAUGUGUGUGUAUAUAUUAUUUCUGUCUGAAAGAUCCAACCAUGUAAUAAUGAAAAUUUGUACAUCAAAGCCAUGUCUCUGUUAUGCUGACUUCAUUACAUUAUCAUUUUCAACAAUGACAACA